AUGAACCUGUUCAAAGCGGAUGAUAAUAUCAUUCUGUCCGAACACAUCUCUCCAGCUCCAAUUCGGAGCGAGCAGAAGAACGACAGCAAGGACCAAAUUGCACUUCAGGAUGUCUCUGCUAUUUCAGUCCAUGUCAAAUCCCAUUCAAGCCAUGAGCAUGCGGGUCCUCAUGCAGAGGUCCGUGCCAGACAUCGAUAUACGUUCCGUCGACCCCGGGCUCUUCAGUUCUUGUAUCGAUCCCAGGUCGUCCAUGCCGGGGACGAGCGCGGACUUCCUGAGUCGGUAACCCGGUCGAGCAUAUCCAGCCAUCUGCCCGAAGAUAUCGCCAAGGAGAGGGAAAGACUCGAUCUCUUCAUCGAUCUGAUCUGGGUUGGCAUUAUCAGCAAUCUCUCCGAAGUAUUCUCAUCAUUAGCUUUCAGACCCGAAGAUCCACACCUAGGCAUUGCAUCGCUCGUCUUUAUCUUGGUCUUCAUGCCUUCGUGGCGGAUCUGGGACGCGAUGCGUGAGUUUCUGAACAACUACUACAUGGAUGACAUGAUACAGCGCACUUUUACUCUAUGGGUUCUGUUCCUUUCGGUCUUUUACGGCAAUCAACUGGCAUAUUUGACUGAAGAUAUCGACGAGACCAAGCAAUGGGUCAUCUCGACAUAUCUCGUUAUUUUCGGUGCCUUUGGAAUCAUUGAACUGGUGUAUUCGAUCUUCAUCAAGUGGCUGCGGAAGCUAGUCCUCUUCCAGACCAUCCUUCGACUCCCUUCAAUUGCGCUCUGGGUCGCUGCCAUCAAGAUUCCUGGUGCUCGUGCUAUCGGCCCUGUCGUUGGUGCAACCGUCUGCGAGUACUUUUGUCCCCUUAUCUUAGAUUCACCAAUGACGGAAAAGCUCCUUCCAAUCGAAGUCAAGAAAGCUCUGGACGUACACCACUUUCAAUCGCGCAUGUCCAACUUCUUCAUCAUCAUUCUUGGCGAGGGCGUGCUACAACUUGUCAAGGACGGUCCACUAGGUCUCGGCCUCAACAGGAGCACAGGGGUCAUGAUUUGGGUGCUGUUGAUCUACUCCGAGUUCUCGUUCCUUUACUUCAACCGUGACGGGAGUAGGACGUUCAUACCGGGCGCCACUCACAAGGGACGCAAGAGCUUGUUGUGGGUCUUUUGGCACAUUCCACUCUUCUCCUCGAUCUUGACCUUUGCCUCGGGCGUCAUGUUCAUCGUCCGCCACCAACCCGAUGCACCAUACAACUCACUAGCCGGUCCAUCCGGGGAGCCGAUACCACGAGAGGACCUGCCGCGCUACCUGAAUCGCGCAGUGUGGACCUGUGCGGUCUCGCUGGGGAUCAUCAUGCUCAGCAUGACGAUCUUGGCUCUGCUGGACAAGUCCCUGGACGAACCGGCCACGCUCAAGGUCAACAACCGAUACGUGCGGCUUUCGGGGCGGAUCGUGUACAUCAUUGUGAUCCUGUGCGUGCCCGCCACCUCGCAUAUGGACCCGCGACUCUUUCUCAGCAUCGCCGCAUGUAUGCUCCUCGGCGUGACUGUCUGGGAGUGGAACGUCGGGCUCGACAGGGGAGGGGCGCUGAUUGAGCCUCCGGGCCUCAGCCACAUGAUGAGCCGGGAAUUGAACGCCUAG